AUGUCCAUUGCCAAGGUCGAGAAGCUUAUCGAUGAUCUCGAGCGCAAGGCCACCAAGGCCACGAAGAUUGUCGCCAAGGGCGAUAAGUUGACGUACGGCGAUGCCAUCAAGCUCGGUCGCAAGUCCAAUUCGAUGAUCUCGACCGUCAAAAAGGGUAUCAAAGAGUAUGAUGGCGCCAUCCCAACCGAUGCCGAGAGCGAACGCAUCCUGAAGAAGAUGCAGCAUCUUACGACCUUGGUCGAGGAGCAAGUCGACGCCCUCAUCGGCAUAAAGCCCCGCCUUGAGCACCUAAAGGUUGGUGGCCUGGUCAAACGUAAUCUUAAGAAGAUGGGCGAAGUGAGCGAGGAGCUGGAGAAGAUCAUGAUGGAGAAAGCACCCGAAUCACUCAAGCCCGAGGCGGAGAAGCUCGCUGCGCGGAGAAAGGUUGCGUUCGACAAAGGGAACAACGCGUUUGCUGGCCUUACAGGUGGUGAGGACAACGCCGAGGCUGAGGGUGAAGAUGAUUCGGACUAG